AUGGCCAGCGUGGGCUUGCGGAACACCCCCGACGCCAUGCACGUCUCCAUCGUUGUCGCCGGGCUCGCCGCCAUGUGCAAGGCUGCCACCACCCCAGCAGCUGCCGCAGGUGGCAACUCCACUGCCGGCCGGGUCGACCGUCGAAUUAGCAAAGAAUUCAACCCUUACACAGGAUACAACCCUUACACAGGUCCUCCCCUUCGACCGUCACAUGCAGGGUACUCUGCCCCCAAUUGGCCUUUAUACCACUGCGGCUGCAACAACAAACUCGAUGAACGGGACCUUCGACUCGCAAAGCACGGCUUUUAUGACCAACUACAUGUAUCCGGGUCGGGCCUCAAGUUUACCGGCAAAUCCAUGUACAGCAUUAGUGGCUCCUGCGUCGUGUUCGCGUGUCGAUGGAAUGAUACCAACAAGGAGGCGGUGACCACCGACAUUAUUGCCCAGGCUAUGAUGGACAUUUGGGGCCAAUGUGGUGGUAACACAGCCGGGACGGUUUCCGUUGUUCACAACGACAAAAAGCCACAGGACGGCUAUGGGUUUUGGUUAGGAUAUAUGCGAUACGAGAAGGGCCUCGACUUUUGCAAAGGCGCCGACUCUUCGCCUGCACGCGACUGCUUUCGCCGACCGAAAAGCACUCCCAUAGCGAUGAUGUCGUGCAUCUCUGUUGUCGUCGCGAUCGCCGCCACUGCGCUGUGGCAGGGCGCCGCGGCUGGCCACAUGCUGGAUCUCUCAGACCAAGCCUGGCAGUUGCAAAACCUGCCGCUGAACAUUUCGGUACCUGGACAAGUGCCUUCGCAUGUGCAUCUUGAUCUACACGAUGCUCAGGUCAUUGGCGAUCCCUACUUUGGACUGAAUGACUUCAAUUUGCGCUGGGUUGCGUUGGCGAAUUGGACUUAUACGACCGAAAUCACAGGCCUUAAGAGGGCCAACACGAGCGACGACCUUUUGACCUACAUCCUGUUCAAUGGCCUCGAUACCUUUGCAGAUAUUUCAUUUUGCGGCAAGCACAUCGCGAGCACGGACAAUCAGUUCAGGCAGUGGCGAUUCGACGUUUCCGACGCAGUAAGGUCGUGUGCUAGCGAGAGGCCAGAGCUGGGAGUGUCCUUCGCGAGUGCGCCGAGCAUGGCGGAGUAUCUAGCAUCGCAACCGGGCGCUGAAACCUGGCCUUGGGGCAUAGAGGGCUGGUUCGAGUUCCCACAUCGCGCCUUCAUCAGGAAAGAACAAUCAGACUUUGGCUGGGAUUGGGGACCGGCAUUCGCGCCUGCAGGAAUCUGGCAAAAGGCUUGGAUCGUCCAAUUGGCACCGGAUGAGGUGUACGUGCCAAACUCUGCAUUGGACCUUUACCGCGAAGGUCAGAUAAACGAUUUACCGCCGGACCAGGUUGCGGACUGGGUGCUCAAUUGCAGCAUCGACGCGCUGAACAGCUUCCCAAAGGGCGCCGAGAUGAAGUUCACGGUAAAAGACGCGACAGGCGGUACCAUCAGCACUGGCCACCUCACUAACAUCACCAAUGCUGGCGACGUCAUCACUGGCUCUGCCACACUGGACGCAGAGAAAUACAAGCUGUGGUGGCCGGCCGGCAUGGGUGCCCAGAACCUGUACAACAUCACUGUAGAUGUUGUCAAGCAGAACAAGACACUGGCAUCUGUCACCAAACGAACUGGGUUCAGAACCAUUGUCCUCAACAUGGGCGAAAUAACCGAUGAACAACUUGCGCAGGGUAUCGCGCCUGGAAACAAUUGGCACUUCGAGAUCAAUGGCCACGAGUUCUACGCCAAGGGCAGCAACUUCAUUCCCCCAGACGCAUUUUGGCCGCGGGUCACGCCUGACCGCAUUCGCACCCUCUUCCGAUCCGUCGUUGCCGGAAACCAGAACAUGCUGCGCGUUUGGGCCAGCGGAGCCUACUCCCCGGACUUCAUGUACGAUGCCGCCGACGAAAUGGGGAUCCUGCUUUGGAGUGAGUUCGAGUUCGGCGACGCGCUCUACCCCGUCACAGAGGAUUUCCUGGAGAAUGUCCGCCAGGAAGCCGUCUAUCAGGUUCGACGCACAAAUCACCAUCCCUCACUGGCGCUUUGGGCGGGCGGCAACGAGCUGGAGAGCUUGGAGCUUCCAGGCGUCAAUGCCAGCGCCCCAGAAGAAUACGAUAGGUACCUGCACGAGUAUGAGACGCUCUUCCUCGAGACACUCCUGCCGGCCGUUUACGGCAACAGCCGCAGCAUAACAUACAUACCAAGCAGCACGGAAAACGGAUACCUUUCCUUCAAUUGGUCUAGACCGAUCCCAAUCAUCGAACGGUACAACAACAAGACAGAGGGGUCCUUAUACGGGGACACUGAUCAUUACAAUUACAACUACCGUCAGGCUUUCAAUAUUAGCACAUACCCUGUCGGGCGAUUUGCCAAUGAGUUUGGGUUCCACUCGAUGCCGAGCCUUGCGACUUGGAGAGAAGCUCUGCCUGAGGAUGAGCUCUACUUCAACAGUUCGACAAUAAUGCUCCGGAACCACCAUUACCCCGCUGGCGGGCUCAACAUUACAAACUACGAUAAUUCCAGCAAGGGCAUGGCCGAGAUGACGCUGGCCGUGACCGAAUACUACCCGCUGCCCGACAAGGCCGACCCGAUUGCCAACUUUUCGUCCUGGUGCCACGCAACGCAAAUCUUCCAGGCCGACUUUUACAAGUCCCAGAUCCAGUUCUAUCGCGCGGGCUCUGGUGGCCGCGAGAGGCAGUUGGGCAGCCUGUAUUGGCAGCUGGAAGACAUCUGGCAGGCCCCGACUUGGGCCGGCAUCGAGUACUCUGGGCGCUGGAAGGUCCUCCACUACGUCGCCAAGGACAUCUAUGAGUCGGUAAUCUUGGCGCCCAUUUUCAACCAAAGCUCCGGAAUCCUGGACGUGUACGCGAUUAGCGAUUUGUGGAGCGAAGUCAAGGGUUCGGCGACACUCGGCUGGGUAGGUUGGGACGGUCGGCUCUUGAACCACACCAUAGGGGAAUCCGAGAGCACGACAAGCGUGCCACCAUCCCUGGUCAGACAAAAAGACGUGCAAUUCACGAUUAGCGCAAUCAACUCCACACUUCUUACCUCAUUUAACAUGACGAAGCUUGCCGAAUCGGAAAGCUUCAACGCAACGGAGUGUCUAUUCGUGGCCAACCUCACCGCCAUCGGCACGCCCAUAAACAGCAAAGCCACGAAAACGUAUCGGCACACAAACACAUUCACACCAACACCGUUGUCGUCUGCAGCGCUAGUUGAUCCUGGAUUGAGUAUCGUUCACAAGAAAGGCGACGGCGCAUUCGAGGUCACGGCCAAGCAGGGUGUAAGUGCUUGGACGUGGCUCAGCGUCUCUGACAAGGACGCGUCGAUUAUCGUCUCAUUCGAAGAGAAUGCUUUUCUUCUGAACAAGGGGCAAACUAAACUGGUCAAGUACUCUAUCAUCAGUGGUAGCUCGCCUGGCUGGGAGGACAGGGUGACUGCAGACAGCAUCUACGGGCAGGGGCAGCGGGAUUAA